UACACAAAUUAAAGUAAUUCAUUUUCCUUCUGUUUACCGUUUUCCCUCUCUGUCUCUCUUUCUCUCUCGAUCUCGAUCUCGAUCUCGAUCUCGUUGUUCUACAUUGCGUUCCUUCUCAGCAUUUCUAGGUUUUCGAUGUGAAUCUAGGGUUUCCAUCACUUCUCGGCGAUGAAGCGGGCUCACAGCGCCGAGAGCCUCACCGUUCGGUGGUGGCGACGCCCCUCCCACACCGUUCUCGCCAUUGCCGCUCUAUACCUCCUUUUCCUCACCUUCAAGCUCCCACGGUUCCUGGAGGUGGCGUCUCUGAUCUCCGCCUCCGACGCCGCCUUCCCGGCUCUCCCUCUUGAGCCUGUCGCCGACCCGCUCCGCAUCUCCUCCUCACGAAUCAACCUCGAAAACUCAUCCAACUCUGAUUUGAACCCUGACUCUGAGUUCCAGAUCUUUAAUCCCUUUCCUUCGCGCAAGGCGAAUCUCUCCGAGCUCGAGAAGGUUGCCAAUGAGGCGUGGGACCUUGGUCUUAAGGCUUGGGAGGAGAUUUCUAACUAUGAGGAUGUCAAUCAGACGGUUGUGCUUGAGGGGAACCCGAUGUCGUGCCCGUCGUCGGUCUCCAUGGGCGAUGAGGAGAUGGCUGAUGGGGAGUGGCUAAUGUUCUUGCCUUGUGGGCUUGCGGCUGGGUCAGCGAUCACGGUGGUUGGGACGCCGCACGAGGCCCAUGAGGAGUACGUGCCGGAGCUUGCAGUGGUGAAGAAUGGGGAUGGGAGGGUAAUGGUGUCGCAGUUUGUUUUGGAGUUGCAGGGGCUGAAGGCCGUGGAUGGUGAGGAACCGCCCAAGAUCUUGCAUUUGAAUCCAAGGUUGAGGGGGGAUUGGAGCCAUGUGCCUGUCAUCGAACAUAAUACUUGUUAUCGGAUGCAGUGGGGAUCGGCGAUGAGGUGUGACGGGUUGCCUCACAAGAAAGACGACGAUUCAGUCGAUGGUUUUAGCAAAUGCGAGAAAUGGGCACGCAGUGACAUUGUAGACUCGAAAGAAUCCAAAACGACUUCAUGGUUGAGGAGGUUCAUUGGUCGUGCAAAGAAGCCUGCGAUGACCUGGCCCUUUCCUUUUGUUGAGGGAAGAUUGUUUGUCUUAACACUUCAAGCUGGUGUAGAAGGGUAUCAUGUGUUUGUUGGUGGUCGACAUGUCACUUCAUUUGCAUACAGACCGGGAUUUUCAAUUGAAGAUGUAACUGGUUUGGUUAUCAAGGGAAAUGUUGAUGUGCAUUCAGCAUAUGCCACUUCCCUUCCCACGUCACAUCCCAGUUUCUCACUUCAAGAUGUCUUGGAAAUGAAGGAGAAAUGGAAGUCUCCUCCUCUGCCUAAAUCUCCAAUUCUGCUAUUUAUUGGGAUUUUAUCUGCUUCGAAUCAUUUUGCCGAACGCAUGGCUGUUAGAAAAACAUGGAUGCAGUAUGCUGAUAUCAAGUCAUCAAAUGUUGUGGCACGUUUCUUUGUUGCACUGAAUCCGAGGAAGGAGGUCAAUGCAGUUUUAAAGAAAGAGGCAGAGUAUUUUGGAGACAUUGUGAUUUUGCCGUUUAUGGAUCGUUACGAUCUGGUAGUUUUGAAGACAAUUGCUAUUUGCGAAUAUGGGGUUCGCAAUCUGACUGCCUCAUAUAUUAUGAAAUGUGAUGAUGAUGCGUUUAUUAGGUUGAAUGUGGUAUUGAACAAAAUCAAGGGUGUCACUCCUGGAGAAGCUCUUUAUAUGGGUAACCUUAACCUCUUGCACAGGCCUCUCAGAUCGGGAAAAUGGGCAGUUACAUUUGAGGAAUGGCCGGAAGAAGUAUACCCUCCUUAUGCCAAUGGACCGAGCUACAUAAUAUCAUGCAACAUAGCCAAAUUUAUUGUAUCUCAACGCUCCAAUCAAAACCUUCGGAUAUUCAAGAUGGAAGAUGUGAGUAUGGGUAUGUGGGUUGAACAAUUCAAUUCUUCAACACCUGUUCAGUACUCCCACAAUUGGAAAUUUUGUCAGUAUGGGUGUAUGGAGAACUACUACACUGCACACUACCAGUCUCCCAGACAAAUGAUGUGUUUGUGGAAUAAGCUGAAAAGGGGAAGGGCCCACUGCUGCAAUUAUAGAUGACACUGUAUGUUCCUCUCUCUUCCAUUUGUAAGAUUUCAAUUUUCAUGGUCCAUCAAUGUGGUAUCAUUUUUGUGUCAUUGGGAGGCCAGUUCUGUGGAAAAAGUCUAACUGUGAGGGGGUGUAAAAGCAUAGCUGCAUAGCCAUUUUCUCUGUCAAUGUACUGUAUAUUUGUUGAGUUAUUAUGUGUCUUUGUUUCUCGACCACAUAAAAUUAUUAAUUAACAUCUUUAAAGAUGGAGAAGGUUGGUGAACGCUGAUUGGUGGGGAGGUUCAAUAGUCGGUGGCAUGGUUUGUUAAAGAUGAAGGGAUUUAUUAGAGACUAGUAUUUAGAACUCCACUCAAAAUGUUUGGUUACUGAAUCAAAUCCCAUUUUUGGUUUAAAAAAAUGGAAUUUCAGUUGCCUAAGACGAAGUUCUGAAGCUCCAAAUUUGUCCAAAUAGUGUCGCAUGAUUGAGAUAUUGAUGUCAAUAUUUGCAUUUUAUUCCAUUUAAUUUAGUUUGUUUGUUCAAUAGGAUCUUAUUCUUAUCAAUGGUCCCCCAUUGUUUGUAUCUCUACCGGAGACUGCCCAGAUGAUGAGGCUGCUUUGGUAUCUUGAGAAACGUUUUCUAUCUUUCUUUAUUUCACUAAACUUAGGAUAAGAAAAAAAA